UGUGGGGAAGGGACGGAAGCUCCAGUGAGCCAUACUUGAGCUGAUGAGAAGUCUCCAGACAUGGUGGCGGCAAGAAGCAGGGAAACGAACCUGGGAAGGGGCGCUGGAUCCCGGUGGGGUCGGACGGAAGCCCGGAAGGGCCAAAACCGUAGCGACGUGGAAAACUGUGGCGACGCGGGAAGUCCGGACGCCUUGGCGGCCUGAAGAAGAGGCUUGAGACGUAGGCGCGGGCCGCGGCGCCGGCGGCAAUGGCGGAGAGGCCCGAGGACUUAAACCUGCCCAAUGCCGUCAUCACUAGGAUCAUCAAGGAAGCGCUCCCGGACGGUGUCAACAUCUCCAAGGAGGCCCGCAGCGCCAUUUCCCGCGCUGCUAGCGUCUUCGUGCUGUACGCCACUUCUUGUGCCAACAACUUCGCAAUGAAAGGGAAACGCAAGACACUGAAUGCCAGUGACGUGCUCUCAGCCAUGGAAGAGAUGGAGUUCCAGCGGUUCGUUACCCCGUUGAAAGAAGCUUUGGAAGCAUAUAGGAGAGAGCAGAAAGGCAAGAAGGAAGCUUCAGAGCAAAAGAAGAAGGACAAAGACAAAAAAACAGAUGCCGAAGAGCAAGACAAGAGCAGGGAUGAGGACAACGAUGAAGAUGAGGAAAGGCUGGAAGAAGAAGAACAGAAUGAAGAGGAGGAAGUGGACAACUAAUGGGAUGGGAAGACUGGCACCUUGGAAGGUACCACCCUGAAAUGUGGUACGUUUGUGAGAAGCUUUUCCCUGCUGGGGCGAGUAGUCUUAGCCAGAAGAGCCUGAGAAGAUCAAAAUAAAACUGACUAAAAUUAUCAAAACCAGCGCUUCCGUCAGAGCAUCAGCGCAGCAGAAUCCCAUUUUGCCAGAUCAGUCUGAAGGUAAUGACUUUUGGCAAGAGGGAUUCUGAGUGGCUAAUUUGAUUAGUCAAUUUGAUCUCUUUUGUUUACUUAUAUAUAUGGUAGGCGGUUUUUGAUCCCCAGUUCCCUUCCCACCUAUCCCCCCAAAAAGUAAUAAUGACUUCCAUGCUGCCUGCUGUGUUCCAGAUCACAGGGGUAGUCAAAGCUCAGGAAAAAUUGGGGCUUUGAGCAUGGUCAGCCUGUUUUGAUUGUACAGGAUUUGGCAAUACUAGCUUGUUAAAGUGGUCAGAAUGUGUUUAGCGUUAGGAAACUAAAAGGUUACAGGAGAAGAAUGAAAUCUGUUGUCUCUUCACUUGACAGUAACAUUAAUUGAAUUUUGAUUUCUCCAGACCCACUUGGCUUGGAGCUCCUCUGUCUUGCUUGGUAGGCAUUUGACCUGCUGGCGAGGCUGCGCUCUGGGCACAUACGCUUUUGAAUCAGCAUUGUAGAAUGGAAUUAGUCAAGCAAGUGUGCCAAUAACUCUUACCAAAAAAAAAAAAGAUAGUCUUAGAUGCACCUCACUGCCUACCACUGUAUGGCUUUAGGAUUUAUGGUCCCUCCUGGAAGGUAUAAAAUUCCAGGCUUUCUCUUCUUGUAGUCCAUUUCCCAGACUUUGACUUUUCGUUUUUCAUUCCUCCAAUUCAUGACAAGUUCCAAACUUUAUUUCUUCUAGGCACAACUUUUUCCUUCUGUGCUUUUCCUUUCCUGUCUCUCUUCUGCCUCUCCUCUGUUCCCGAUUCCCACUUUCUCUCCCUCCUUUUCUCACAUCUGCCAACCCAGGAACUUUGAUAACCUGCUUAAUGUCCCAAAGUGCAGAAAUCUGAUGGUGCUCAGGAAUCUAAUCCCCACUGCAAAAAACCAUCCCCUUUAAUUGCUUCUGAAGUGACUCUGUGACCUUUCUUCUCAGUUGUUUUUUUUUUUUCCUCUUGAUAUUUGGUGCUCCAAGCACUUUUUUGUUUGUCUCUAAGUUGAGCGCUUGGAGGUUGACAGGUAGUCAAAUGUAUGUAGUUUGACACUGUUAAUUUGUUAAAUGAAUACAGUCAAAAGUUUGUUGACAAAUGAGUGAAGAGUGUUGAGGAAAAUUAUGCUUUGUACAAAUAAAGAACGUUCUUGUUAAAAGUGA